CUGCAGCGUCUCCUUCAGAGUGGACCUCCGGCGGCCGGGAUGGUGUUGCUGGGCUUACUGCAGGCAGGAGGGUCGGUGCUGACCCAGGCCAUGGAGCGGGUGACGGGCGGCAGCCUCCUGUCCACGCUGCUCGUCGCCUGCGCCUUCACGCUCAGCCUGGUCUACCUGAUCCGCCUCGCCGUCGGCCACCUGCUCCAGCUGUCCGCCGGAACGAAAAACCCCCCACACAUUUUCUCUCCGAUUCCAUUCCUUGGGCAUGCCAUAGCAUUUGGGAAAAGUCCAAUUGAGUUCCUAGAAAAUGCAUAUGAAAAGUAUGGACCCGUGUUUAGCUUUACCAUGGUGGGCAAGACGUUUACUUACCUCCUGGGCAGUGAUGCUGCUGCACUGCUUUUUAACAGCAAGAAUGAAGACCUGAAUGCAGAAGAUAUCUACAGCCGGCUGACCACACCGGUGUUUGGGAAGGGAGUCGCAUAUGAUGUGCCUAACGCAGUUUUCUUGGAACAGAAGAAAAUGUUAAAAAGCGGCCUUAACAUAGCCCAUUUCAGGCAGUACGUUUCUAUCAUUGAAAAAGAAACAAAGGAAUACUUUAAAAGUUGGGGAGAAAGUGGAGAAAAAAAUGUGUUUGAAGCACUUUCUGAGCUCAUAAUUUUAACCGCGAGCCACUGUUUACAUGGAAGGGAAAUCAGAAGUCAGCUCAAUGAGAAGGUGGCACAGCUGUAUGCAGAUCUGGAUGGUGGCUUCAGCCAUGCUGCCUGGCUCCUGCCGGGCUGGCUGCCUCUGCCCAGUUUCAGGCGCAGAGACAGAGCUCACCGAGAGAUCAAGAAUAUUUUCUAUAAGGCAAUCCAGAAACGCAGACAGUCCAAAGAAAAACUUGAAGACAUUCUCCAAACUUUGCUGGAUUCUACAUACAAGGACGGGCGCCCUCUGACGGACGACGAGAUCGCGGGGAUGCUCAUCGGGCUGCUGCUGGCCGGCCAGCACACCUCCUCCACCACCAGCGCCUGGCUGGGCUUCUUUCUGGCCAGGGACAAGCAGCUUCAAGAAAGGUGCUACUCGGAGCAGAAAGCAGUCUGCGGAGACCACCUGCCGCCCCUCAAUUACGACCAGCUCAAGGACCUGAAUUUACUCGACCGCUGCAUAAGGGAAACGCUGAGACUGCGGCCCCCGAUCAUGACCAUGAUGAGGAUGGCCAGGACCCCCCAGACUGUGGCAGGGUACACCAUUCCGCCAGGACAUCAAGUGUGUGUGUCUCCUACGGUUAAUCAAAGACUGAAGGACUCAUGGACAGAACGUCUGGACUUUAAACCUGAUCGCUACUUACAGGAUAACCCAGCAUCGGGAGAGAAGUUCGCCUAUGUUCCAUUUGGAGCUGGGCGUCAUCGUUGUAUUGGGGAGAAUUUUGCCUACGUGCAGAUUAAGACAAUUUGGUCCACUAUGCUUCGACUGUAUGAAUUUGAUCUCAUUGAUGGAUAUUUUCCUACUGUGAAUUACACCACUAUGAUUCACACCCCUGAGAACCCAGUUAUCCGUUACAGACGAAGAUCAUCAUGAGAAGGCUCAGGGAGCCAGUGUGACGCGCGCUGUGGGCUGCAGAUGCUCUGGAAGACACUGACGUUUACCAAACACCUCGCACAGUGUGUUUCUCAGUGUGUAAUUCUAAGACAGUUUAACUUAUGAUUUUAGUAUUUUAUUAACUUUGAAUGGUUUUAUCAAAUCUAAUGGCAUUCGAAACUUUUUUUUUUCUAACAGUUUUGAUACAUAGUAAAUAUACUUUAAGGAAGCCAGUUAGUAAAAUUGUUAAGGGGGAUCUGGGUCAUUGGCAGCUUCUCGGUCAGAGUUUCCAGGUAUGAUUUUAAGAGCAUGCAUAGCUAGAGGACUCAAAGCUUGGACGAGUUCUACAAGGUCUAAAAAGCCCAGUGAGGCACUGGGAAGCCAUAGGUUAUUCAUUUAUUUGGGUAAGUUGUGUGCCUGUGUGAGGAUGGCAGGGAGAGGUACAUUUAAUGCUUUGGGUAAAAGAGAACAGUGUUUUGGUGUGAUGACUGCUCCAAUGGUGGAGCUGUAUGUACUAUAGAAAGUAGAUAGACUGUUCCAGUUUUAACUGGAAGCACUGGUAUAGGACAUCGAGUGAUGCAGUCCAUAAUCUGAUGGUCCUAUUUCCUAACUAUAAUACAGUUAGUUAUAGUGAAGGCUGAUCAUUAUUUUCACCUAAGUAUUACAUGUUUCUCCAUCUAAGUGACCUGGUUCCAAAGGUCACAGCCAAAUGUGAAAAUUUAAAUUCAGGUCCUUAGGGGCUGAUUUUUUCUCUUCUGUGGCUCAAGGUUGUUGGGUUCCUCAGCAGAAUCCUAUUAUGGAUGUUUGUUACUAUUCCUUUGAAAAGUUGGCUGUUUGAAUCAAACGUAGUGUCUGAAACCAGGGAACUCUGCCUGUUUAGUUUAAAGAGCCAGGGUCCUGACGUUGGCAGCACUGCUCACGUUCUGGGAAGCUUGUGUUCAGGAAUUCUAACUUGGGGCCCUGACACUCUGCCUGUAAUUUGACUAUGUAAUGUCUUACCAGAUGAAACCAAUAUGUUUUCCCUUAUGGACAUUACAGUUUUAAGAAGCUGGAAGAUUCAUGUUAAGUUCUUAAUUCUGAAGGUGAAAUCUGUGCUGUUGAACAAUUUUUCAGAUUAAAAUUCUCUUUGAAGAAAA